AUGCCUUCUCGGCAAGAAGUUGCCUAUUUCGGAGCUGGUCCAGCUCCCCUGCCCACAUCGGUCGUCGAGGCUGGUGCAAAAGCAUUUGUCAACUUUAAUGACACCGGACUUGGACUCGGUGAAAUCUCCCACCGCUCGGGCGCCGCAAACAAGAUUCUCGAUGACGCCAAAGCCAACCUCACUACCCUCCUCGAUAUCCCUGACAACUAUGAGAUCCUUUUCAUGCAAGCUGGUGGAAGUGGCGAGUUCAGCGCUGUCGUCCAGAAUCUCGUUCCAGUCUGGAUCGAACGCCGUCGUCGCCGUGCGGAGGCUGAUGUACUGAAGGCCAACCCUGGCGCUGAGAAGACUCAGGUGGAUGAAUUGGUAUUCCAAAGAUUACAAAAAGAGGUUGAUGAGGAAUUGAAGCUGGAUUAUCUGGUGACUGGCUCUUGGUCACUCAAGGCCUCGCAGGAGGCUGCCCGACUGGUUGGCUCAAAGUAUGUCAACGUUGCUUUGGAUGCACGCAAAGCCAACAAUGGAAAGUUCGGCACAAUCCCAGCUGAGAAUACAUGGUCAUUGACCCCAACCAAGAAGGAGGGUGGAAAGGGUUCAGCCUUUGUUUACUUCUGUGACAACGAGACUGUUGAUGGUGUGGAGUUUCAGAGCUUCCCCAAGUCAUUGGAGGCGCAGGGCCAAGACGCUGAAGACGAGCAUUUAGUUGUGGCUGAUAUGAGCUCUAACUUCAUCAGCCGAAAGAUUGAUGUCAGCAAAUAUGCUGUGAUCUUUGGUGGCGCACAAAAGAAUAUCGGUGUUACUGGCAUCACCCUCGCUAUUAUUCGCAAGGAUCUGCUUCCUCCUCAAACCGCCACACCCCCUCCAGCUUUGCUGCACCGCUUGAACAUUGGUGGCCUGCCCGGGCCCGUAGUGCUCGACUAUGCUACUAUUGCUAAGAACAACUCUCUUUACAACACCCUCCCUAUCUUCAACCUCUGGAUCGCAGGCCAAGUCAUGGCCGACCUGGUGAGCGAAUUUGGUGCUCAGAAGGUCAGCGGACAGGAAGCUGUUGCGGAUCAAAAAGCACAGCUCAUCUAUGGAGCCCUGGACAAGUACCCGCAAGUGUACCAGGUUGUUCCCGAUAAGAGCAUCCGCAGCCGGAUGAACAUCUGCUUCCGUGUGAACGGUGGUGAUGAUGUUAAGGAGAAGGAGUUUCUGGCUGGUGCAGAGAAGCGCCUGCUGCAGGGCCUGAAGGGUCACCGCAGUGUCGGUGGUAUGCGCGCCAGCAACUACAACGCAGUUCCAUUGGAGAACGUGCAAAAGCUGGCCAAAUAUCUUGAGGAUUUCGCCACAGGAAACUAA